AUGGACAGGAGGACCACUAUCCUGGCUGGCUUUUUGUUCCUUUUGUGCCUGGUGGCGGUGGCAGGCAAUGGUGCCAUCACCGCAGCCCUGGGCAUUGAGUGGCUGGUGCGGAAGAAGCUAUCACCCCACGAUACAUUGCUGGUCAGCUUGGGGGACUCACGCUUCUGCCUGCAGUGGGUAGUGAUCUGGAAGAAUGUUUAUCUCUUUUUGUACCCUGAGGCAUACCCCUACAACCCCAUGAUGCAGUUCAUCUCCUUCCAGUGGGACUUCUUGAAUGCCGUCACCCUGUGGUUCUCCACUUGGCUCAGUGUCUUCUACUGCGUGAAGAUUGCCACCUUCACACACCCAGCGUUCCUCUGGCUCAAGCAGAAGGUGUCCAGGUGGGUGCCGUGGAUGCUUCUCAGCUCCCUGGGGCUCUCUAGCCUGUGUACCAUCCUCUUCUUUAUUGGCAACCAGCACUUGUAUCAGAACUACUUAUGGAGAGACCUGCACACACAGAACGUCACUGGGAAUGGUCUGAGGCGGUUCUAUGAGAAGUUUUUCUUCUUCCCACUGAAAGUGGUUAUCUGGACUGUGCCCACGGCUCUCUUUGUCCUUGGCAUGGUUCUACUCAUCACGUCGCUUGGUAGGCAUGCCAAGAAGGCCCUUCUGCUUGUCUCAGGGUUCCGGGAUACCAGUGCCCAGGCCCAUAUCAAGGCUCUCCUGGCCCUCGUCUCCUUUGCCAUCCUCUUCAUCUCCAAUUUCCUGUCACUGAUACUCAACUCUGCAGGUGUCUUUCCAACUCAGGAACUCCAGUACUGGAUGUGGCAGGUGGUGAUCUAUCUGUGCAUGGCGGUGCACCCCAUCAUUCAGUUCUUGAGUAACCCUAAGCUCAGAGCCGCGCUGCAGACACGGUGCUGCCCCAUGUCUUGGGGCCUCUUCCAGGAUGAUCUCAUCCAGUUUAACGGCUUUGAACACCACGUCACUGUAGAUGACUCUGCCGGGGAGGCUGCCGGCCUGAGUGCCCUAGUUGUGUCUGCGGUGGUCACCCUCUUGUUCUUCUGGGGGAACCACAUGGUGUACCAGAGGUUCUUGAUUGGGCACUUCGAGGGGAACAAGACCUACCAGGAGUGGAACCAUAGGCUGGAGAUGUAUUAUUUCCUGCCCCUGAAGCUGGCCACGCUGUUCCUGGCCUCUAGGACUCAGCUCAUCAACUUCCCUCCUGAGCACAGGAUGCGGAGCGCACUCCACUCCCUCAUCUCCAUCCUGGUCCUGUAUGCACUGCCCUUCAUGUCUCUCAUCAUUGAUGCGGCGGACUUCUCCUCUGAGAGCGACUAG